AUGUCCUCUGGAUCCACAUUCCGCAACCACUGUGUACAGAUUGCCUCGCUUCUCCGGGCACAGAUUUCAGAAUCGACUCCUACCACCAUCUACAAUGCCUUACAAGAGCUCCAAAGCAAUCGAGACAAACUUGCCGCGGCUACCGGAACGGCUGGAAGUGAUCUCUCCCUGUCUGACAUCAUCAAACAAGCCGUUUCCGACUUGAACGAACGGAAUAGCUUGAUAUCAGAGAAUCAGCGGUUGAAGGACGAGUGCAUUACCCUUCGCACAUUAUGCCGUGGUUUACAGGAGACCAACGGGGACCUUGAAGGUGAUGUCAAUCGACUACAGCGUGAGCAUACCACGGUGAACGACAAUCUUGCGGGAGCGUUGGGUCUAGGGGAAUCUAGACCUGAGUUUUUGCUGCCCAUCAAAUCUAUUACCGAUGAGCUACAAAGCUGGAAGAUUCACGCGAAAGAAACAGCAAAACGCGCAGAGCAAAAGCAGAAGGAGGCCGAGAAACAAAUCGCCAAAGCACGAGAAGAUAAGGGCUUGGCCAAGAAAGCUCAAAACUUCUAUGAUAAACUGAAAGUAGCAGUUUCACUGAAGGGCGAAUUCGACCUUAUCUGGAAAGACAUCCGGAAGCACUGCGAUCGAUAUAUCGGCUACAAGGGUAUGGAUGGAUCCAACAAGCAGAUGGCUAUACAUGCUAUCUGGGAAUAUCUCUGCAGGAACGCUUGGCGCGACGACAAACCACUGAGACAUAGCAACAGCAGUACUCGGGGUAGAUUCUUCGGGAAGAAAAGCAACCCUUUGGAAAGUCUCUUUCCUAAGGAUUAUAUGUACAAAGGAAGGCCAAUGUCCGAAGCUCUGGACGAAUUGGUCGAUUGGGCCCAGGAUCUGCAAACUGAAUUGGAGAGCUAUGGGUUUCGAGCUCACAUUGAUCCAGUGGGACAGCUUGACGAAGGUUUGCCACUGUCUAUAGACUCCGGAGUCAUGAUUUGUGUGAAGCAUAGGAAGGAUGGAUGCCUUGGGUUUUGGUAA